UUUCCUCUGCAAAUCCUUGGGGUUUAAGGCACGAUUGGCGGGUUUUUUCAGAAGUGAACGAGAACGGAGAAGAGUUUGAGUUUUCAGAGAGAGACAUUCCGAGCUUGGCUUUUUGUGAUGAUUUUAGUGAUGGCGAUGCAGCAUUUAAGCUGUUUCCAAGACCGCUCUCGAUCCUGGUAAGCGGUUUGUAGCUGUCUUCUUGUCUGCCACAUUUCGACGCGCAUGGAACACGAAGCUCUGGUGCACUUAGUGUAGUGGCCAGCGAGCAAAAAUCAGGGUUUUCUUUGCCCCAAUACAAUUGCAGGGCAUGGAUUGCUACUGCAACAAAUGGAACCCAUUUCCAGAGAAUAUUCCAUUUCCACUCUUUUUGCUACUCGCCACUUGGACGAUGCUCCACGUUUGGUAGAUUUAGGGCUUGGGUUAUGUGUCAUACUGGUUCUUUAGGGCUUUGAGGUGUGAUUCUAUUAGAGAGGGUUCUGGUUUGUAGGGCUUUGGUCGUUCUAGGGGGAUAUUGCGUUUUAAAUUGUGUUGGAUUGGUGGUUUUGGGGAUUUUUUGGUGUUUUUGGUUUUUUUUUGGUGGUUUUUAGGGUGGUUUUUGAGUUCGGGCUUUUUUCAUUCAGGAUUUUCUUUUGGGUUCUAAUAUUUGGAAGGAAUGAUCAAGGUUUGGAUUUUGGAGUAGUGAAGAAGGAAUAUUCAAAGCUGGCAUGCAUAGAUUUUAGUGGGAUAUAUGACUCAGCAAGAGCUCUAGGAUCUUUGAGUAUCAGAGUGUAAUUUAUGUUCUAGGGAUUUUCAAAUUGUUUUAAGGAAGGGAGAUUUUUUAGAGCGAGAAACUCAAUGUUUAAGGUUUCAUAGUAAAAGACCCAAAAAAGGAAUGUGCACGAUUUUGACCCUGUGAUCCAUGUCUUGUGGGUUUCCCAUUCUUGGCAUGACAGUUAUGAAGUGAGCGAUUGCGAGUCUCAAAGCCCCAUUUUUUUUAGUUUCCCCCCCUUCUGAAUCUUCUUAGGGAUUUUGAGUCUAGUGGGAGAAUUUCUAGGAGAUUUUGAACUAGUGAGAGAAAAUGGUCAUGCGAUCUCUCUUACGGGUUUGCUGUGAAAUUUAAGAAAUUGGAGAGGGUGGGGUUGUCAGUUUGUGCUUGUGGUUCCUCUGGUUUUUGUUAUUUGUUUAGUGUUCUUAGCCUGUUGGCUUUGUUUCCUACGCUGACUAGUCACCCGAAGUCUGUGGACUAUGUUCUAUACUCGGGAAACAAGGCCACAACAAGAGCAUCUUUGGGUCUUACCACUGUUUAAGGGGAGGGGGGAAGAAGAACCUUAAAGUAAAAACGCCACCACCACUCCCACCUUCUCUCCCUUCAUCUCUCAUAGAGUUUCUCUUUCUCUCUUGAAUCUUGGAUCCUUUCUCUUUUAUUUCUCUCUCUUACAUCUUGGGUCUUCUCCAUUUUGAGCCUCUCAUCCCUUGUUGUAUCUUUUUCCAUUUAUUCUCUCACGAGUAUUGCGUCUUCUUUGGUUUUGGGCCUACAAAAACAGUCCACCCUUCACAGUCCUUUUCCCUUUUGGGGUGGCUGGGUUCUCCUCUAGGGCUAGUUUUGAUGUUUUGGAAGGUGUGGGACAGAAGCUGGCGAUGUAGGUUGUUGGUUUGGGAUUGCGACAUUUUGUGAGAGUGUCGCUGAGGAUCGAGGCAGUUCGUUCUUCUCUCUCUCUCUUAAUUUAAGUUGGUGUUUUUCAAGAAUCAAGAUGAAGUUUAUGAAGCUGGGUUCGAAGCCGGACUCUUUUCAGAGCGAUGGCAAUGAUAUCAGGUAUGUGGCAACGGAGCUGGCAACCGAUGUCCUCAUAAAUGUUGGAGAAUCAAAGUUUUAUCUGCACAAGUUCCCUCUGCUAUCCAAGAGCUCCCGACUCCACAGGCUGGUGACCGACACGCCUGAUGAGGUAGGCCCCGAUGAGGUCCACAUCCCCGACAUCCCUGGGGGGCCUGCCGCCUUUGAGGUCUGCGCAAAGUUCUGUUAUGGCAUGGCCGUCACCCUUAAUGCCUACAACGUUGCUGCUGCCCGCUGUGCUGCCGAGUACCUCGAGAUGCACGAGUCGGUCGAAAAAGGAAACCUCAUUUACAAGCUCGAGGUCUUCCUCAACUCUAGUGUUCUUAGAGGAUGGAAAGACUCAAUAAUUGUUCUCCAAACCACUCGUGCACUUCUCCCUUGGUCUGAAGACCUCAAGCUUGUAGCCCGAUGCAUUGAGUCGAUUGCCCUCAAGGCCUCAGUGGACCCCACAAGGGUUGACUGGUCAUAUACGUACAAUCGCAAGAAGCUUGCAUUGGAGAAUGGGGUGGGCCCCACCACUGAGCCACAAUGGAAUGGGGUGAGGCGGUCCCACUCGGUCCCGAAGGAUUGGUGGGUUGAGGACCUUUGUGAGCUCGAGAUUGACCACUAUAAGAGGGUGAUAGCAGCUGUGAAGUCAAAGGGGAAAGUGGGUGCUGAGGUUGUGGGGGAGGCGCUUAGGGCGUACGCUACCCGGAGACUGCCAGGCAGGUUGAUUGGCCAGACAAGUGGUGACUCAGGCAGGUUGAGGUCACUUGUCGAAACGAUCGUGUGGUUAUUGCCCUCUGAGAAAGGGAGUGUGGGUUGUGGGUUUCUUUUGAAGCUUUUGAGGGCAGGAAAUAUUGUGGGGUGUGGGGAAGGGGCAAAGAGGGAAUUAAUGAGGAGGGUGGGAUCGCAACUUCAUGAAGCAUGUGUCUCUGACCUUUUGAUUCCUUCGGGCUCAGAUGGAGAAGAUGGGGGGUUGGCUGUUUAUGAUAUGGACCUUGCUCAGGGGUUGGUCGAAGAGUUUAUGGGGCGGCAAGAAGAGCGGUGUGAUAGAUCGGGCCCUCUUGAUGAAAUGGUUGAGAGUGGUGUGCUGAGUGCUUCAUCUCCUUCAUCGUAUGGUGCAAAGGUUGCGGUGGGAAAGUUAGUUGAUGGGUACUUGGCUGAGGUGUCGAGGGACCCCAACUUAUCCUUGUCUAAGUUUGUUGAGCUAGCAGAGAUGGUUUCAGACCCUGCUGCAAGGCCUGUUCAUGAUGGGCUAUACCGGGCUAUUGACAUGUAUCUUAAGGAGCACACAGGGCUGAGCAAGGGCGAGAAGAAGAGAAUAUGCGGCCUCAUGGACUGCCGAAAGCUGUCAAUGGAUGCAUGCAUGCAUGCUGCCCAGAAUGAGCGCCUCCCCCUCCGGGUUGUCGUCCAGGUCCUCUUCUUUGAGCAGGUCCGUUCUGCAACCAGCUCAUCGACUGUGCAGGCAGACAUGUUGCCUGAGCUUCCGGGAAGUAUCCGAGCCCUCCUGCCUGCAGCACGUGGGAGCCACAAUUGUGGGUCACAUGGGAGCUCAAGGACCACAAACACUGAAGAUGAAUGGGAGUGCAGUGGCGGUGGGGGGCCGGCUUACAGUGGUGGACCCACGGCAGAGGAGAUUAGGGCACUUAAAAGUGAGCUUGCGGCUCUUAGAGUGGGGGGCAAAAGUGGAAAUUGUAAUAUGGAGAAGGAGAGUAGGCUUAAAGGGAUAUUGAGGACAAGGAAGAUAUUCAGUAAGAUCUGGGGGGCGAAUGCAAAGGGAGGGAAGGAUGGCGGGGAGAACACAAGCUCAGACACAUCAGAGAGCCCAGGGUCAGGGAACCCUGGGGAUGCAAAAUCUACGCUAUCAAGGAACAGGAGGCACUCGAUAUCAUGAGGGGUAUUUCCGUCUGUCUUUUGGAUGAAGGAGAGGGAAUGGGAGGUGUUGGGUGUUGAGGAGGGGUAUUUUGGUCUUUUUAGAGGAGGGGAUGGGACGCAGUUUUGAGAGGGGGCCAACAUGGAAUGAUUUGAAUGUGAUGUAUUCCUUGGUUGUUGCUGGAAUGCGAUGCAAUGAAUGAAUGACCUUUGCUUUUUGUUCGAUCUCUUUU